AGUCGAUAAGCUCCAUCAUCCUUCAUCCAUCUACUCUAGGCUCUAACUGGACUUUUGAGCGGACUGCCGGAUUGUAUAUACUCGUACCGCCGUGACAAAGUCAAUCCGGUGCUCAAACCACCUCGUAUUCGAUUGUUCAAGAGUUCUGAGAUUUAAUUUGCCACUGGGCUUCGAAAGAAAGUCCGCAACCUCCUCUUCAUCUCCUCUCAAACGCACCAAUGGUCCAUGCAGCAUGAAACUGGCCAUGUAAAGGGUCCCCUUCAAUCACGCCGGAAUUCGGAUGCCACGUAAAAAGGCUGCAGACCGUGUGGGUCCGGUCAAGACCCGAACCCGCAGCGGUUGCAAGGAGUGCCGCGCGAGUCGCGUCCGCUGCGACACGCAGAAACCGGUUUGCUCCCGGUGCCGGGACAGGGGUCUCGUCUGCUCCACGGAGCUGGUGCUUAAAUGGGAGUCGGAGUUUCUGAGCCGGGGCCUGGCGUUUGGUCGAGCGGGCGUUUGGAGUAAGUCCCGCCCUGCUGGUACGGAGUCUCGAGCGACGGCGACGACGACGGCGUCGGCGUCGUUGUCGGUUGACGAGAAUGAGUGGUGCGAGUACCCUCCUGUUGAAAGCUGGGGGUUUGUGAACAGUGGUGUUUCGACCUUUGAGAAUCCGCACCAGGUGAAUGUUGCCUGUGAUGAGUUGAAUGGUCUUGUGGUUCGUGCAAAGGACAGGGAGUUGGUGUAUGUGGGUGUCGGGUCGCCUUCGUCGGUGGUUGUUGCUGACGAUGGCUGGAUUGCGCGAGAGGCGUCGAGCCCGACGGCUUCGCUGUCGCUGUUUCCGAAUAUUCCAGAGUCGAGCCAUACGCACUUGUUUGAUUAUUAUCUGCAGCAGGUGUGUCCGCGGACGACGGCCAGUUCGAAACUCGCCUCUCCUUUUGCCUCGGUCAUUCUCCCAUUUUGCUUGUCGGCAUCGCCAACUCUGUUCAAAGCUAUUCAAGCGCUGGGUGCAUGCCAUUGGUCGCGCUUCGAUCCGUCGUACAGCGUUGUCGGCCUUCGUUUGAAGUCCGAAGCCUUGCGAGGUCUCCGCCACAGACUCGCUACCGAGGGCUCGUUGACGUGUUCGAAUGACCCUGAAGUCUUGGUCAUCAUGAUGAUGCUCUGUCUAUACGAGAUUGUGGAUAAUUGUGACCAGCGGUGGACGAUACACUUGAAAGGCGCAAAGGAGUUGAUUCGCGCCAGGAGACAAGAACAAGGUGCACUUGCAAGGUCUCGGGAAGCUCAAGAUCCUGUAUCUGCUUUUGCUGAGCUCUUCUUCGCUUUCCAGGAUGUUAUGGGCCGGACUGCCUGCGGUGAGGAGGUCCUUUUCGGGACAGACUACUGGGAAGACAGCCAGCAGAAAAUCGACUUGUGGAUGGGAUGCAGCCCGGAACUUGUGUCAAUCUUAUCCUCCAUCACCGAGCUUAGCCGGACGAGACGGCAGCUUGCGUCUGAUUCCGCUCGGGCUGCGUUUGCCCUUCGCGCAGCUUCUCUGGGGCGUAGGCUGGAGACUCUCGUACAAGAAAUUGAUGACGAGGAAGACGAAAUGCUCAAGUCAGCUGCGGAGCUCAAACGAUUGGCUGCAGUGCUCUAUCUUCAUUGUGCACUGUACGGCUCCUCACCAUCCACCCCUUUGGUCAUUGGUUACGUGAAACGGAUUCUGCGGCUGGUCUCGGAAUUACUCGAUUCUCGAUCUCUGGUGAGCAUGACAUGGCCCAUAUUUGUGGCCGCGGUGGAAUUGGACCCAGUUCGCGACGAACUAUGGUCUGAUCCUACGACUAAGACUGUUGUAUAUGGGCGGUCACUAGUUCUACGAGCGCUGGCAGCGAUGGCUGAAUCAAGUGUUUCGAAUGUCGCUCGCACACGGGCUGUCAUUAUCAAGGUCUGGCAAGCUCGAGAUAGUGACAUGCUUAAAGGCUCGCCUGUGGACGUAGCAAAUGACCACACGAGCUGCAAUGAUUGGGAGUGGUAUGUUGCCCCAGUCAGUACAGCCAUGAGUUUGGCGUGAAUUAUGUCUGGAUAUGAUGCAAUGAGAUAUGUGUCGGUUAUGGAUUUUCUUUUCUUUUUUCUUUGUUUCUCCUUUUCUCUGUAUUCUAGGGUCAUCAUAUGGGUAUUCACAAAUCAGCUUUCUGGGCAGUAUUGCUCUACAAUCAUAUUCUGAGACUAAUAAAGUCUGUUUCCGCAAAUGAAGGC